AUGACUGAAGAACUAGACAAAGAGGUUUUGGACAGUGUUGCAGAAAUCGACAAACUUUAUACAGUAUUUGAUGGAGCGUCUCAAGAAGAUGUGGCAUAUGCAAAGGUUUUCUGGAGCUCGCUUUCCCUGCAGCCACCAAUAGAGUCUCGGCUGGUUUCUGCAGACAUCAGGCAGCGGUUGAACGUUGCGAAGACCCCGAACUACAGUGCACUGCAGCAUGAAGAACUAAUGAGCCAGCCUGUGGAGGGCAGUUAUGGAUCUCUAAUAAAAGAGGAGUCAAUUGCCAAGAAACGAGACCAGAUUAUUGCCCUUCUGAAAAAGCAGAGGGAUGAGCGAAUUAAGAGGGAGAUGAUUUCCUACCGAAACAAACCAAGAAAAGGCAACCUAGUGGAAAAAAAAUUGGCUCCCAAGACCCUUUCAUCAUCUGUGAAUGAGGACCGGAAAGAAGUUCAGAAGCUCCAGUAAACAUAGUGACAAGUCCCAAAUUUGAAACAUAUAAUGUGUCAUUUUAUCAUAGGAAAUAGACAAUUGUUUAAGAAGUUUACUUACAAUGCAGCUAGACUAGCUACAUUUGUUUAUCAUUGCCUUAAACACUUCAAAUAUUAAAAUAUU